AUAAACGUAUCUUGGUGUCAGCUUUAUUGCCCGACCAUUGCACUGGUCUCCAAAAUGCGCUCGAAACAAAUGCAUCUCUGAAAGUCGGCUAGGAUGAAUUAAACUCAAAAUUCCCCUCUUCGACAAAUUCUACAUAAACUGAUAGCAGUUCUUGAUCAUUUCCCUACAAUUUGCUCUUCAGAUACCUCUUAAUGGCUCUCCUUCAAGCAGCAUACAAGUAUCGAAUAAGAUCCUUGACCAGAGUCAAAUGCUGUUCGUUUCAAUGGUUUCUCUUCGUGUUUGAGGGGCUUUGACAUUUCAUGCGACCAAUCAUACCCCGGAUUCGAGAUCUGACCACAGCUCGUUUCACACACACUCCAGCUAUCAAUUAACCUUAUUUCUUAACCUUAUAUCAUAAUUCAAGCUUUCUAGUGUGUGUUUCUCUAUUAGAAAUUAUUACCAACAAUUGCCACCCCUCUUAUCUGGAGGUUCUAGGGUUUUGCAAGUGUGCUUCAAAAAUUCAACCCUGUUACUGCAAUUAGUUGUCACACUCAAUUCGUGUCUGUGCUGCUUUCCCUAUGCUCAAUCUACCACAUUUGUGAUGUUCCGGCAUCAAAAACCUAUAGUUCAAGACUUUUAGUCGGGAAGAUGUGCUUGAAAGUGCACUCUUCCUUUGCGGGGCGUUUCCAAUUCCGCUUUGCCCUCAAAAGGGAUCUCCCUCUACUAUCUUUUAUAUCUCUCCUUUCCGUCCCUCUUGUUGUUUCUUUGCUCGGUGAUUUUGAUAGUUAUCCAGUCUUACUUAUUCCUUUUUAAUAUUUGCAGAGCAGAAUAUAGUUGAGUAAUAGUUGAUUCUAUUACCAAUCUCUUCCAGAAUAAUGUAUACACCAUCACUCUUCUCGCUGGCGCUCCUCGCCUCAAGCGUCACUGCAUCGAUCACUGACGCCCCGGGGACAAAUAAUACGGCCUCUGUAGCUGCUGCUAGCACUUCUGGGAUGACGUUAUCCCAAGCGAUCGUAGCUAAUAACGAAACUCUAUCUACUCUUUCCAUGCUCCUCGGACAACAGCCCGCACUCGUAAGCGCACUCUCCUCCAAUACUUCAUCGGGAAUUACAGUCCUGGCACCAAAUAACGCGGCGUUCACGAAAUUCCUUGCGACGCCUGCAAAUAAGGCCGCAGCCGGCCAAAGCGAUGUUGUUGCUGCUGUUCUUCAAUAUCACGUUCUGAAUGGUACAUUUCCGGCCAGCAUGUUCUCAAAGGACGCAAAGUUCAUUCCAACGCUUCUGAAAAACGAGAGCUACACCCAAGUCACAGGUGGACAAGUAGUACAGGUUGCUCUGGUUGGUUCAAAUGCUGUCGUUACCACUGGAUUAAAAGAGAAAAGUACUACAACACAGACUGAUAUUAUGUUCAAUGGAGGUGUGAUGCACAUUGUCGAUACAGUCCUUACUAUCCCUAUUUCGGCAUCCAUGUCAGCCAUCGACUCAAACCUGUUGUCUCUUGCGGGUGCCCUUAAAACUACUUCCCUCAUAGCACCAGUCGAAUCCCUCAAGGAUGUUACUAUCUUCGCUCCUUCUAAUGAAGCUUUUGAGAGGAUUGGGAACACAGCUGCUGCUCUACCUACAACGCAACUCAGUCAAAUCCUCGAAUACCACGUUCUCAACGGCACUGUCGGCUACUCCACUCUCCUCUCCACCGGGCUAGCCAAUGAAUCUUUCCCAUCGCUGAUGGGUGAAUCCCUCACCGUCACCUCAGAAGACUCCAAAAUUUUCGCCAACAGCGCCGAAGUCAUCGGCGCUGACAUCAUUGUUUCUAACGGAGUCAUGCACAUUAUUGACAAUGUUCUCAACCCCUCUAACACAACUGCCGUUACAAACCCUACUGCUACUGAGCAGCCUGUUGCCUUUUCGGGCGCAACUAGUGCAGCAAUCGCGCCAUUCACCAGUGGUCUUACGGCGACAACUACAGCCCCCAGUGCCGCUACGGGUACAUCAGGAAGCGAGAAGAGAAUUGGAGGAGAUAGUUUGGGAGGUGCGGUGGCCGCGGUUGUGGGUGCUGCUAUCAUGCUUUUGUAGUUGGAGUAGUGUGGUGAAAUGUGUAAGUGCGGAGGGUAGAAUGUGAUUAUUUUCUUUUACAAUUUUAUACGAGACAGGAUUUUAUGAAAUGAUACCAUAGUCUUCGAUUUACAAGAAGUUUUAUCAAUUCCCGUUUCCAUAAUGCAAACAAACCACAUGUGUUAUUGUAAACCUUUGCAUUCGGGGAGGGGCUUGAUUAAGGGGGUGAG